CAUUAUUUUCAGAUAAGAUUGUGUUUAGUUUUUUUACUAUCACAUUUCCGGACUUAUUAUCCAGAUGGAUAAAGAAGGCUAAUGAUUUUUAUGUAUUGAAUUAGGCAUUUUGAUUGAUUAACUCAUUCAACAGCAGAGAAAAGUGGUUGGCCUCAAAAUGUCUGGAAAAUUAACAGAGACCCAUUUGCACGCAGUAGUUGUGCCAUUUCCUGCACAGGGCCAUGUCAAUCCACUCAUGAAUUUUGCAGAGCUGCUGGCCAUGCGAGGAUUCUUCAUAACCUUUGUCCCCACCGAAUGGAUAGACCAACGCCUUGUAAAAGCAGCUUCCACAGAUUUAGUUGCACGAGACAACCAGGCCAAAGAGAGGGUCUCGAAAUUUCGCUUUCUUUCUAUACCAGACGGCUUACCACCUGAUCAUGGCCGAACUGCCCAGCUUGGUGACCUUUUUCUUUCAACGAAAUGUUUGGGCCCUGCUUUGGAAAGUCUGUUAACUGCACCAGAUACUUCUGUCCCGCCAAUCACCUGUAUUGUUUCCGAUAGUUUUUUGUCAUGCACGGCAGAGGUAGCAAAAAAUCUUGGGGUGCCCAGAGUUGUCUUCUGGACUUCUUGUACUACACUAGCCAUUAUGCAGGCAAACGCUCACUCACUUCUUUCUGAGGGUCAUAUUCCUGUCAAAGAGGAGGACCUGAAAUCUAAUGAGAAACUAAUCACAUGUCUUCCGAGAAAAAUUCCACCUAUCAGGCCAACAGACAUUGUCUCCUUCUACCGCGAAAAACAUGUCUCUGAAAGCAUUUACAGUUGCUUUCUCUACGAGUCUCGCAUCCACAACAUAGCAGACUACGUGCUAGUCAACACUUUCGAGGAGUUGGAAGGAGGCAAAGAAGCACAAAUGGGUCUCAGCGUUAAUGGGUGCCCUGCUCUGGCAAUAGGCCCUCUGUCUCUUCCAAAUUUCUUGGAAGGUAGGAAUUCCAUGUACAGCAUGUGGGAAGAAGAUAAAACCUGCCUCCAAUGGCUAGACGCUCAACCGCAGGGAUCUGUGUUAUAUGUUUCCUUCGGUAGCAUUGCUGUAAAAUCUGAAAUACAAUUGCAUGAACUGGCUCUUGGACUAGAAGCUUGUGGGUACCCGUUCCUUUGGGUUCUCAGAUCAGAUAUAGCAGAAGGUAAGCCUAUGGAAUUACCUGAGGGUUUCAAGGAUCGAACAAAGGAUAGAGCCCUGAUUGUUAGUUGGACGGAGCAAUUGAAGGUGCUUUCUCACCCUUCUCUUGGAGGAUUCCUUACACAUAAUGGAUGGAAUUCUACUCUAGAGGCAAUUAGUAUGGGAGUUCCUAUGAUUGGAUGGCCUUAUUUUCAUGAUCAAUUUCUUGAUUGUCGAUUUGCAAAAGACAUAUGAAAAGUUGGUCUAGACUUCAAAGGUGUUGAUAUAGAUGAAUUUAAAUUGGUGAAAAAAGAAGUUGUAAAGAGUACAAUUAUAAGUUUAAUGGAAGGUUCUAUUGGAAAGAAAUUACAAAAAAAUGUUGGGAGGCUAAAGAAGGAAGCAAAAAGGGCUGUCAUUAAAGGAGGGACUUCUUAUACAAACUUGAACACUUUUGUAGAGGAUAUGCAUAAGAUGGUAAAUUCAAAUAUCUAAGGAAUUUCUAAAUUUAUGGCAUUAUAUCUUGUAAAUUUAUAUUUUAAUUGGUUCAUUGUAAGAGAAUGCUUAUUAUUACCUAAAACU